GAUGAUAUCCUCUUGCUGAUUAUAGUGUGCACGCUGCGAGUGCCAGCAUCAUACCUGAACCUUGGCUUAUCUAGUACUUGCUUCAAGUAAUUAUACAGAUAAGCCAACAUUCAGGUUAGAUGCAUCGUGUGCUCUUACCACUCUGAUACCGCUACACAGGUAACGAGCAGUUUCAUCUGAGUUGGAAGUCAGGUCUUCUAGAUGAUAUUUGGUCGAGGAAUAUAAAACCUGAAUGGCUGAUGAGGAAUCACGCAUACUCCCAAAAAAUGACGGAGCCAAAUGAACUCAAGGUUGAAGCCCUCUUGGACAUCAUCAAUUCCUCUGCACGCAAAGCAAUGGCAGAAUACAAGAACACUCAACAUGGAGUCCCUGGCAUCGAUGCAGGCACCUUCCACCCCCUCGAUCUUGCGAUAGAUACACUUGCCCUCAGAAAGGAAAUCAGGCUGCUCGAAGGUGCAUGCGAGCAACUGAACACAAUAUUAGCUCCCCCCCAACGCACGGUGCAUAAUUUUGUCAAUAAUUACAAUUGGGCAUGCAUAGACGUCGCUGUGCAAUCACGUAUUGCAGACGUCUUGGACAAACACCCAGAAGGUCUUAGCGUGGAUGUCUUGGCUGACGCAGUCAACCUCGAUAAGACCAAGAUCGCACGCGUGUUGCGAGUUUUAGCCCUCAGGGGUUGCUUCAAAGAAGUUAAACGAGACGUGUUUGCAAACACACGACUCUCCCUCGUGCUCAAGGAAACAAACAACGUCGCGUUUUAUAUGAAAACUCAGCGAGAAUUCCCGAAAUAUGCUACGGUUCUCUAUGAGACUAUGGUCGACCAAGAGUUUGCACGGUCGGACAAGGUUGAAAGAGCCCCACGAGUAUUUACUCUCGGAAAGGAAGGCAAAAAUAACAGCUUCUGGGAGAUGAACGAUGAGGCACGCGAUAUAUUUCACAAAGCCAUGAUGGGCUAUUCUGAGAUCCAGGGCUUGUCUGCGGUGCUGCAUCAUUACCCUUGGGACAAUGUAUCCUCUGUGGUGGAUGUUGGAUCUGGAAUCGGAGCAAUGUCUAUUCCUCUGGCGAAAAUGUUUCCUCAUCUCAGAAUAACCAAUCAGGAUCUCCCAGAAACUAUAAAGCUGUCAAGAAAUGUGAGUCCGGACAUCCACAGCAGACAAGUUAUAUUCAUAUUUGAUCAGACAUGGGAGACAAAUGCUCCUGAGGUACUGCUUGACGGGCGUGUAGAGUUCGUCCCAUUGAAUUUCUUGGAGGAGUCGCCCGUCGUCGGAAAGGAUGUUUACUACUUGAGGAGCAUCAUUCAUGACUGGCCGGACGAGGAGUCGAUGGUGAUUCUCCAUAAUGUUCGCAAAGCAAUGGGACCAAACAGCCGAGUAUUGAUUCAUGAGUGCGUGCUCUCGCGCGCAUUCGAAGGGCCCGACGUAGGGGCUAACGAGUCUAGUGAGGAUCAUAAGGCGCCCGAACCUACAUUACUGAACUUCGGUAGUCACACAACAUACCAAAUGGACAUGGCCAUGUGGCUUGUUUUGAAUGGCAAGGAGCGAACCUUGAAGGAAUUCAAGGACAUUGGGGCCAGCGCAGGUCUAGUGCUCACCCAAACGUAUGAUCUUGUAGGAAUGAUGCUCUUGGAGUUCAGAAUCGCUCAGGACUGAUGCGG